AUGUCACAACCACAUAGUCAACAACAGAAAGAUAUAACUGAUCCAAAACAACUAAUAACCAUAUAUAAAAAACAAGGUAAAUUUGAUAAUCAAAGACGACUCUUAUUAGAUAAUUUCAAACAAUCAGAAACUUACAAUGAUUUAAUAUUAAAAUUAAAACUAUUAAUUGGGAAUAAAGUGAAACAAGAUCCUAAUAUAUUAAUGAAAAACAAGGGGAAAAUGGCAGCAUUAAUACAAGGAGAAAUGACGACAAAUAAUGAUAAUAAUGAAUUAUUAAAUAUAGUUGAUAAAGAUAUUCAAGAUAAAAUUAUUGAUAGUUUUGAAUUUCAUAAUUUAGUUAAAAAUGAUUUAAUUGAUAUUAAACAAGAACUUUUAGGUAUAAGUGAUGAAGAAAUUGCUAAAAUUAAAGAUCAAGAAAAGUUGAAAUUAGAAAGAUUAAGAAUGGAAGCUAAAAUGAAGGAUUUGAAACGAAUUCAACAACAACAACUACAAAACCAAGAACAACAACAUCAAGUUGAGAAGAACUAUAAGAAUAAUUUUAAAAUUAAAAAUCUUGCUUCUUCAUCAUCAAAUCAUCGUGUUAAUAAACCACCAAGAUUUAAUUUUAGAGAUUCAAAUAAUAAUAUAACUGAUACAUAUGAUAAACAAACAUCACAACCUACCAAAGAGAAGAAAAAGGAUAAAAUAUCAUUCAUGAUGUAUUAA